AUGGAGCAGCCCAGCUUUUCCUCUGGGCAGAUUAUUGGCAUUGAAUGCUACCACUUUAGAGGUGUUGGACACGCCAGAGUAUACGCCCUCCCUACCGUCAACUAUUUUGUCGCCCCUAAUGGCUUUGGUAAGACCACGCUCCUCUAUGCGGUGGCGCUUUGUCUAGGAUCGCGGCAUCCAGAUCUGUGCGAUACAGACUCAUUGAUACAAGAGCAUCAGUUAUUUUCAUGUGCUUUGGUGACCAUCUGCAAUGUUAGCAAGCUAUCAGUGCCAGACGCCCACAAUCUGUUUACCAAAGUUACCGACGUGUUUUGCCACAAGACACACAAUUAUGUACUGAGUAGAUUGACGCAUGAAUCUAUUUAUACUGUACACGUACUAUUGAAAAGAGGCAAGCACGUGCAAUUCUACGCAAAUGGGAGGGCAAUUACGCAAGAUAAGCUAUGCAGAGACAUAAGAAAGAACUUUGAAAUCCAGGUAGACAACCCUUUCCAAUCGAUGAUGCAAUCUGAUGCUCAGAGACUAACUCUGAUGACACCCAGCGAGCGAUUAAUUAAGUUCCUUGAUCUUAUUUUCCCCGAUCUGACCAAUACACUGGAAAGCCUUCAGCCACAGGCCAUGUCCUUAAUGAGUUUCUGCCGAGCCGCACGCGAAACCUUUGAGACCUCCUACAUUAGUAAGCACGACGACUUUCUAAAAAUGGUACAGAAUGCAAUGAAGAUUAUAGAGCUAGGAUCCUUGAAGCAAACCGUCAAUUUAGGCCGGCAGGCUUUGUUAGUGUUAGAAUUUCUAGAAGUCAACACAGAGCGAACCAAGACACUGCAUGAAUACAAGAAACUAGUGAGCGACAUGCAAUCAAAGGAAGAGCCACUAAUUACCCUGAAGAGAGACAUUGAGAAGACCCAGCUUGAAGUACAACGGGUAACAGAAGAGAUGGAGAGGAGGUUUACUGUCAUGAAAAGUUCCAUAGUUUCGCUAGAGCGGUUAUCUCGAACUAUUACAGCAAAUUCAAAGCGGCUUCUUGACCUCCAAUCAGCAUAUGAAGCAGCUAUCACCCAAAAACAAAGCCAAUCUGAUGAGGAUCACCUCGCUCUACAACAGCGAAUCAAUUCGCUGAAUGACCAGAUUCACGAGUAUGAAACCUCCAUCAGCGAACUCGAAGCAAAGAGGUCAGAGGCGUCAGUAGCACUAUGCAACAUGAACUUUGAAGCAUCAUCACUAUAUGCGUCGACCGAAUAUAAGGAUGCGAUGGUCAGACAUCAGCAGAUAGAAGAUGAACGAGAACAGCGAGAGCAGCUGGUGCUUCAAUGUAGGAGUCUGCCCCAUUAUAGCUGGCUUGCAGAUAUCUACCAGGCCUCUCUUGAGUUAGAGCUUGAUAGCUCAAUGCGAUAUUUUUUAUUUGUUCCCAUAGCAAAGUGGAUAGGCAUAAAAUCGGAUACGCCAAUUCCUUUUAAUAUUGUUAAGUUCAUGCUUCAAUCCGCCCUCGGCCAAUCCUUGUAUACUGUACUAACCAACUCAAUAGAACACCAAUCAAACCUUAGUAGGAGAUUUGAUCAGUACAGGGAUAGAGGCGGCGCAACCACCAUCGAGCUCCUUCAAGAUUAUCUCGAGAUGGAUUACCAAGAAGCAUACAAUCGCGCUAAUCGAGAGCUGGAAAACCAAUAUGCUUCACUAAAGACUAAGACCAUCAACACGGCGGGUAUUAGAACUCUUUCGGCGUCGGGGUCCUCAGUACAAGCAUCCGCCAUGGCUAACAUCGCGUUUCUAAUAGAUUGCCUAGAUGGAAACCCCAUCGUACUGAAUCACUUUUUCCAGAAGCUAAGUGUCGCAGUGUAUGUCCAAUCUUCAUCAGGGUCCAAGCUAACAAAUGCUGAGAUCAUCCGAUUCAUGGAGUCUAAUGUGGGCACCUUCAACAUCUUAUGUCAUGAUGGAAUGCUGCAUAUCGGGACGUCUAAUAACCAGAGGCAGCUCCUGGCCCGCACGUCGUACGGUCUUGACCCUACUAGGGCAUAUGCUGAAUGUGUUCAAGGCUAUGCAGAACAAAUGAGAUAUCCACGGUUUAUGCACAAGAUUCUAGAAGACAAGAGAGCCGUUGAAAAGGAGGUCAAAGAGCUGCAGGACUCGUACAGCGAUAGCAUUCAGGCAGCGAGAUCACGCAUGGAGGAGCUUAAGUUAUUUAUGAACCAAAGCAGAGUCAAGCUAACUGAGACUAAUCAAUUGCUGCGUGAGUGUCGCUCGGAGCUCAACACCCUAGAUGCCAGGAUGAAAACUUAUAAAGUCGUCACAGAACAAGACAUCCUUGCCGCCGAAAAUGCAUACACAGAUAUGUCCAACUUACUGAGCACGUCGGCCAUUUCUGCACUGGCCCAGAGUAAAGCAAGGCUCGCUGAUAUUCAAGUUCUUAUACCUCUUGCCACACAGGUCAAAGACCUCCACAAAAGGGGGAAUGAUCUUAAUAUCAGUUUGACAUCUGCGCAAGAUGAGCAUCAAUUAGCACAAAAGCGGGCCAGUGUCUUUAGAGAGAAUACGUUAGGCAAUAUCGAGGACGUAUUUAGGGUCAGAAAGAGCCGCAUACUAUCAAUCCUAAAGGUACUCUGUCCAGACAUGGCACCUGACCCUCCCCUUGAAAGUCCUUGCGACUCUUCGUCGCUGGAAACAACAGUUCCAUAUCUUUUAACACACAGAGAAUUUGCCAAAGAGUUGACAAAGCACGUUGCGUCUGCAAAGCUACAGGCUUCGGCAAUGGACCUUACCAGCCCAUAUACCGUGGAUUUAACAUGUUUCAAAGCCUUUGUCAAUAAUCUGGAGAACAGGUUUAAGUUGCAGCAAUCCAAGCAAGACCAAUCGAUCAAAGAUACCUUUCUAACGGAAAAGAAAAAGUUUUGCGACUUUCUAAGUGACAGGUUUGCGUCAAAUGCGUAUAUACUUGUCCACCUUUUCCGUUUGCUUGAGGUGAUCCGCACAGUUCAAGAUAGCGUAGCUGAGGUGAUAGCAGAGGUGAGCAAACGAUUUGGAGAUAACAUAAGGGAGUUCGGAAUCUCCGGAGAGGCAGUACUCACGGGUCUUUUUACCUCAGACAGAAGGAGAAAUGCAUCCGUAGUCUCACCAGAGUUUGACGCAGCACAUGCGCUUCUUAAGGAGUACGAUGGGGACCAUCGACGCUGCUUUGAAAUGGAUAAGUUCACCGCCUUCCUGAUAGAGAAUCCUUCCUUAAAAGCAGUAUCCAUUUCAUCUACUAGUAAUACAUUAGAAAUAGAUUCAUAUACUGCACUAGUGUUGAAUGGCCAGAAAACCGGGGACGAGGGCAACGACUCAGAAAGCAGCACAGCAGCGUCAGAAAAUUCUAUUGCUAACACUGAGCCAGCGGAGCCUAGCGCUAAGAGGACGGCCAGCUACGUUCAGCGAAAAGCUAGUGAAGAUGGCUCUAUUCUUAUGUUAAAGCUGGAGCCUUUUCUCGACAAGUUGAAGCAAGCAUCAUACCUUGACCUCGAUGUAUCCGACGAGUCUUCCGACAGUGAUACACACCAUCACAAGCAAGAUACCCGAGCGAGUCGAGCGAGCGAUGCAUCAGUAGAUAUGUUCUCAAGGAAGUAUCAAAAGAGCAAGCACAUUUUAUCUGCCAGAGUAUCUUUGUCUACCUUCUUGACAAACGAAGUCCAGGAGAGCCAGCUCAUUGCCCUGUCAAAGGCAUUCAAACCCGUAGUCAAGGAGCCCCAAAUCCAAGCCAUAGUACCGCUUAUGACUUCCCUAAAGCCAGGCCUAGAGCUCAGGACGCAGUUCGUUGCCAACGAAACACUAACAGGCAUCACUCUUUCUGGCGGAGAGAGCUCGGUGGUAGCUCUCUGUCUUGUCAAUUCACUAUAUGGCCAGAAGGCACUGAGCUCCAUCAGGUUCAGGCUCGUAGAUGAGAUAAACCAGGGCCUCGACGAUAAGUUCGAGAAGGUAGCUCACGACAUGCUUUGUUCGCUUCACAAUGAUCAAAUCCAGUACUUCGUAGGCUCUCCAAAGCUCCCAUCUUAUCUCACAUUCGAAGACCCGCGAAUACGCGUGCACAUCAUAAUCCGCCGGCCGCUCCUGGCGGGGUCACCAGGUUCUGCUGGCACAGCAUAUGAGCGUAAUGGAGACGCUACACUAGAAACUCUCUGCACUGAGGAGCUCUAUUAG